GGCGUGUCCUGCCGUGACGUCAGAGCGGCGCUGCUGGGCGUCCUGCUGGAGGAGGAGAGAAGAGGAGCAGCGCCAUGGAGGACAGCGCGGAGGAGCAGCGCAAGCAGAAACUGCUAUGGAGCGUCAAACGGGAGGUGAAGCAGAUUAUGGAGGAAGCUGUGACAAAGAAGUUUGUCCAUGAGGACAGCAGCCACGUCAUCGCUCUGUGCACUGCCGUCGAGGCAUGUAUGACUCACCUGCUGAAGAGACGAGCCGCCGGAUUUCUUCGCAGCGACAAGAUCGCCGCCCUCUUCACCAAGGUGGGCAAAGUCUAUGACAUUGCCGCCGAUGUUUGCCGCAAAGUGCAGGAGCAGCUGCAGCAGCAGGCUGACCUCACCAGGAGAACCCAGAGUGUGGUACACGAACCCGUGAGGAGACAGGGCUCGUCCACCUCCAGCCGGGCGCCUCAGUUGCUCUCGCCUCAGGCCAUCAAACACAUCUGGGUCAGAACUGCUCUGUUUGAGAAAGUUCUGGAGAAGAUUGUGCAGCACAUCGUGGACAACUCCAGUAAGUACUACGAGCGGGAAGCUCUGAUGCAUGACCCGGUGUUCGGCCCGAUCCUGGCAGCCCUCCUGGUGGGACCCUGUGCGCUAGAGUACACAAAGCUGAAGACGUCAGAUCAUUUCUGGACUGACCCGUCAGCCAAUGAGCUGGUCCAGCGGCACCGGAUCCACGGAGCGCACCAGGGCCCUGGCCCCUUCGCCAGCCGCCGACCGGCUCUGGGGCUCCACAAGCGUCAGUCCAGCAGCAGUGCGUCGGAAGACAGGUUUGCUGCAUCUGCGAGAGAGUACGUGGAGUCACUCCACCAGAACUCUAGAACCCACCUCCUGUACGGCAAAAACAACGUCCUGGUCCAGCCGAAGAAGGACAUGGAGGUGCUGCGGGGCUACCUCUCACUCCAUCAGGCCGGAGAGACCCUCACGCUGAAGUGGACGCCCAACCAGCUGAUCAACGGCACGCUGGGAGACUGCGAUCUGGAAAAGAGUAUCUACUGGGAUUAUGCACUGACUGUUCCUCUGCGCCAGAUCGUCUGCAUCCACUGUCACCAGCGAGAGGACUGUGGCGGUACCCUGGUUCUGGUCAGUCAAGACGGGAUUCAGAGGCCGCCGCUCCACUUCCCCCCUGGCGGUCACCUUCUGGCCUUCCUGUCCUGCCUUGAGACUGGCCUCCUCCCACGGGGUCAGCUGGAGCCGCCACUGUGGUCACAGAAAGGCAAGGGCAAAGUCUUCCCGAAGGUGCGGAAGAGGAGCAGCACGGCCCGGCUGACGGAGCUGGACCGGAACGCUGACGAGCACACGGCGGCUGACUACGUGUUUCGUAUUGUUUUUCCUGGACUUCGGUACGACGCCAUCACUAUAAACUACCACCACAGCACGGGCAGCCGCGCUCCGUCGUUGGAUGACGAUGAGGAAGAGGAAGAUAGGCUCCAUGCUAUGAUCUCAAUGAUCUGCUCGCGGAACCUCACAGAUCCCAAUGUCAUGAAAGACCACGGGGAGAUGAUGGAGAUGCAGCGUUUCACUGGAGGCAGCCCGUCACCAUGGCAACAGGCUGAAGUAGCUGCUCACGUGUCUGUGUGCUCGUCAUGCUCUGUCGGCGCCGUUUCCUUCGACUGUCCGGGCGCCUGCACGUGCAUCCAGAACACAGCCGACAUCCACACUGUGCCUCUGAAGCUUCUCUGUCAAAACAUGAAGAGGCAGAUUGUCUCCAGAGCAUUCUAUGGAUGGUUGGCGUACUGUCGACACUUGUCCACGGUGCGGACUCACCUGUCUGCUCUGGUCAACCACAACAUCGUCCCUCCAGAUCGACCGUGUGAGGCGUCCGGAGGUCUCAGCAAAGACGUGUGGAGCAAGUACCAGAAGGACUGCAAGAACUAUAAGGAGCUGGAGCUGCUGCGGUUGGUUUAUUAUGGAGGUGUUCAGCAUGACAUCAGAAAGGAGGUGUGGCCUUUCCUGCUUGGGCACUACAGGUUUGGCAUGGCCAAAAACGACAUGAGCCAGGUCGACUCAAAGGUCAGCGAGCGGUACCAGCAGGUGUUGCGCGAGUGGCGAGCGUGUGAGGUGAUCGUCAAGCAGAGAGAGAAGGAGAUGCAGUCGGCUAUCUUAGCCAAGCUGUCGUCCGGCAGCAGCAUCGACAGUCACGUCCUGCGGCUCGUCCACCGAGACUCCACGCUCAGUAACGAGGUUUUUAUGUCUGUGGAUGACCCGGAUGCUGGAAGUCAGGAGACCCCUAGUGGUGAGGACAGCACCCCCACCGCCACCACCCUGAUGCCCUCCUCGGCCCUCGCCCCAGAGGAGCGCCCCCUGUUGGAGUUUGACUCUCCGGAUUCAGGUCUUCCUUCUUCCAGAAACUACUCAGUGACGUCCGCUCACUCCCAGGUUCUGUCCAGCAUUGAUGAUGGCGGGAGCACAGAGGAGGAAGGCAGGGCCGGGGACGAGUGCGGGACGCCGUUAGUCCUGACAGCCAGUCAGGACUCUUUGACAGAGGACAGACUGUGCACUCAGCUGGACAAACUGGAGACCACUGGAGCAGCGGCCGGGGUCGUCUCUCCUUUACUGACCUCCUACAGUAUCGAACUGCUGGACACGGUCGCGCUGAACCUGCACCGGAUUGACAAAGAUGUGCAGCGCUGCGACCGCAACUAUUACUACUUCACCACCACCAACCUGGACAAAUUACGCAACAUAAUGUGCAGCUACGUGUGGGAACACCUGGAGAUUGGAUAUGUUCAGGGAAUGUGUGACCUGCUCGCUCCCCUCAUGGUUAUUCUGGACGACGAGUGUUUGGCGUACAGCUGCUUCACUCAGCUGAUGAAGAGGAUGAGUCAGAACUUUCCUAACGGCAGCGCCAUGGACGCACACUUUGCUAACAUGAGGUCACUCAUCCAGGUUCUGGACUCGGAGCUCUUCGAGCUCAUGCAGCAGAACGGCGACUACACACAUUUCUACUUCUGCUAUCGCUGGUUUCUGUUAGACUUCAAGAGAGAGCUCCUGUAUGAGGAUGUAUUUGCUGUGUGGGAGGUCAUCUGGGUCGCGCCCAGGAUUUCCUCGCACCACUUCGUGCUCUUCCUGGCUUUGGCGCUGGUCACCGUUUACCGUGACAUCAUCAUGGACAACAACAUGGACUUCACUGACAUCAUCAAGUUCUUCAACGAGAUGGCUGAGCGUCACGAUGUACAGCACAUCCUGAAGAUGGCCCGCGAGCUCGUCCUCCGAGUGCAGUUGCUGAUGGACAACAAGUGACGACCAGUAGGCUCCACCCAGUACCAGGCCUGUGUCCAGGUCAGGGUCCCGGUGCCGCGGCGGUGGUGCAGCGGCCCGGGUGUGUUUACAUUAACCCUGUGGUGUGCGUCCAGAUGUGUGGUCUGCAUGCUCGUGAGUCUGAUCACACUGUGAAUGCCUUCUUCAGUCCUCCAGCCCAUCUGCAUGAAAACUAACGGGUCCGGUUUGUCCCGAGCGCCGGUACCGCCUGAUGGAGCCGUGCAGGAGUUCCGCCGGAGGAGCCACCGUGAAGAAGUUCUCACUGUGCCAACGACCUUCACUCCCGAGUGUUUCUCCAGCAUGUUUGUUUGUUUCCUCACACAGAUGUUGCCUUUUCCCAGCGCAUGUUGUUGCACUUUUUGUUUCUUUCAUGCUGCCUGUGAAUGCCUCGCCACCUGUUGGAGGCAGGAGGUACUGCAGGAACUGCAGAGAAACUCAGGAUGAACUGCGGCCGACUGUUUCAAACGUUUGAUUUUUGUUUUGUUUUCCCCAACAUGGUGGAUGUGGAAGCACAACAGUCCGGACGACGACACAGUUUCACAAACACAAUCAGUGCCACAAAGUUUUUAUCCCAAAAGUACCUCAUCCCACAGCGCCACGGCCGCUUUAAGGACACUACGGUAACCACAGAAUACACAGACCGCCUUGACAGGCGGUCGUGGCCAAAAACACAGGUUUGACGCACUCACUGCUCUGUGUGAUUUUUUUUUUUUUUUUUUUUUUUUUCACAAUUUUUAUUACAUUUUGAUGUUUUCCAAUCAUGCCAAGUUUUUUUUUUCUUUCUCUCCAGCUGAUUUAUUGAUUUUCUUCCAACCUGCUGCUUAAGUUCACAGACCUUAAACCGCCGUCAGAGCACAAAAACCGACCUUUAAACUGACUUACAAUACUAACAUCAGGAUUCAAACCUACGACAAAUACCUUAAGAAUCCACAAAUGGCAAACAGAUCACAUUUCUGUCUGCGUCCAAACGUGUUUGAAGGGAGACGAGAAACCAGAACCUGAAUUACAAAAACACGUCAGAUUUGUUUUUGUUUCUGACAUCACAAUCGGGACUUUAAUGAUGAAAUAUUUAAGUCUCCGCCCAUCAGGACUCAUUUCCUGUCUCAGCAGAUGGUAUUUAAUGACUUUGAUCACAAACUGUUAGUUAGCCCCGCCCAUUUUGAGGGUGUGUGCACAUAAGGUUUCCUCACGUGGUUGCAGCACAAAAUUACCAAACUCUGGUUUCUGAAGGACAUUUUUAAUUAUUGAUUAUUGAGCGUUUGUUGUUUAGAGUCGGCAGCACUUCCAACUGAAGACAGUCAGUUUGUUCAUGUAUGUGGUUAACAUGUUUGCUUCAGGUUCAAGUUGGUCCCACUGAUGUGUUUGAGGAACCCGUUUUCUAAGUUUCCUGAGAUGAAGCUGCCAAACUAAGUGUUCCUCAUUAGUCCUGAAGCUGUGCUUCACUUCUGCUUCUGGAUCCUCUUCAGAGCAUCACCUGGAGUCCAGAUGGGAGUCCUGCUAGUUUCUUUGUGUUCUGUUUGUCUGGUGCAGCACCAUCUUCAGUCAAAGCCAGUGAAGUGAUUAUGAGUGAUCCAGUCUUCAUGGUGAAGGUUCUGGGUUUAGUCUAGCUAGUUCUGUCAGAGUCUGAGGUUCUGUGGACUUUUGUGGACAGCUGUUUAUUUAAUUAUUAUAUUUGUUUAUAGGAUUCACGACUCGGUUACUUGGCACUCAGAAGCCGGAACAGUCUGACUUCACACCCAAGAAAUCAUCCAUCGCCUGCUUCCUCGCUCUGAGUACUCGCUGAACGCAGGUGCAAAUAUCGGCACCUCUUUGCAGAAAGUGUUUGAUUCUGUUGAUCAGGGGACUCUCUAGGAUGUCCUCAUGAAGUGUUUGGACAUUAUACUGGCCUCUGUCCAGCACUGGCGGGAGGGAAGUCUCCAACUUCUUCCAAGUGAAAACUGGUGUUCCUCAGGGAUGUAUUGUGGUUCCUGUACUGUUCAGUUCUUGCAUGGACCAAGUGUUGGAUCAGGUUGUGGAAACUAGUGAUUGUAGGUGCUUUGGUUGGUGAGGAAAGGUUUGCUGACCUUGACUUGAUGGAUGUGAUCUCUGUGGAAUCGAUACGCUGAGUGGCGACUCAGUGUCGGGUUUGUGGUUAUAGUGGAUCCAGACCAGGAAUUUAUCAAACUGUAGAAAAUGUUCUAAACGCGGUUUGUACUCACAUAAAGUAUCAGCUGCGGAUAAAUCCCACAUGUUCAAAAGCUCCUGCAGGUUUGUGGUCGUUUGCAUUCAGAAACACCCUCAUUACCAUAUAUGGUAAGAAAACAUCCAUCUGGUCCUUGUGUUCCUCAGUGGAAUAACGGAACGAGAAAGAAGAAAAUCAACAUUUGUUCAACGGAGAUCAAGGUGUUUAUAUUAGGAAAAAAUUACAAAUAAAUACAAUAUGUGCACCAGCAGGUGGUGAUGAGUCCACAGAAGGUUUUGAACCCAACCGCUGGUGACAGCUGUUCAUAGUGUCACGUUAUGAACGUAAUCUUAACAAGCUCACCACAAGAACCAGCAUCAAACAUUCCAGUUUACAGAAUAACUAUCAUUACAGUUUUCCCAGAAUCAUUUGUGCUCCUGUAACAUCACCGGGUGCUGUUUUUAUUAACAAAAAAUCUAUCUUAAUGAAAUUUGUCUGGUGAAAAUAAUGUGGGUUCAUUUUUAGUACAUUUCAGGAGUAUGUAAACUUUGUGCUUCCUGUCCUCUAGCAGCAGGUGGCUGGUCUCUGAGGUCAGAGGUCAGAAGCUGCUAUCUUUGUAGGUUUGGACGUGUGUGUGUCACUCUACAUUAUUACUGAUUGUGUUAUUAAUUAGAGGAAAUAAAGAUCCUAUGUGGAUGAGGUCACUGUGACGGGGGCUGUGCUCUCUAGUUGCAGUUCCACGGUUCUACCACUAGAUGCUGUGUGUAUGUUUAUGCAUAUUCCGAAGGACGAGUUGUUAUAUUCCACACUUUGUGUGUGCACAGCUGACAAAUGAGACCUUCAGUGUCUUCCUAGACUCAUCCAUCAGAAGUAUCUCUGUAUCUGCUGAAAGUGUUGAGCUCGUCGGGAUGUUCAUGUCUCUGGAUCCUUGACCUUUGAUAGUCUUGAGGUCAAAGGUUAUAGGUGUUUGAUGAUGCUGAUGUCUUUGGAGAAGAAUGAAGACUUUAGGGUCCUGUUGCUUCCUGUCUUACUGUCUGGACUCUAACCAGUGACCUAAGGUGAGGACUGGAUGUCUUUGGUCCCAGGUCUCUGUGCAGGAUCUUUGGGUCCUGCUGCAGUGACUUUGUGUCCAAUGAACAGAUACUUAGUGAGACUCAGAUGAGGAGGAUCACUGACACUGUGAGGGAACAUCAAACACCAUGUUUAUUCCAUGUGGUGAGUUUAUUUGGAUGUGAUCCAGGACACAGGAGGACCCCAGAGACUGGAGACGGUCGAGGACACGCCCACAUCUCAUGUGACUGCAGCAGCUAGAUGGUUAUUGUGAAGAUGGAGCAGUUGUCUGCCUGGGUGCCUCUGUGGUCCAGCGGAUCCUCCUCCCAGACUUGAUGGACUUAUUCAGGGGAUGUUGACUGAAACUUUGUCAUUUUUCCUUUCAGCUCUUUCAUUUGAAGUCCUUCUGAAGAAGGACCUCCUGCUGUGUGUGCGCCUGGUAGUAGACAGCAGUAGAUUCAUGUCUGUGAUCUUUUGAAAGGUGUCACACUUCUGGCCCUCAGUUUGACCUUUCACAGUUGGCUAAGGCCAAAGGUCACGUAACCUUUACUGAAAAAGGUUUCUGUUUAAUUGCAUCCAAAUUAAAAAUCUGUUAUAAGAGCACCGGACUGAAAAUGUGACCUAUGACCUUUCUCAAAACAUUUAUUUUUUUGUUUCAGUAGCUCCGCCCCAUUCCCGCUGCACGUGGGUUUAGAAAAAGAAGCAACAGAACCUUUUUUUUUCGUACUGCUGCCUUUAGAGGAGGCGGGGCCUGAGCAGGGUGUGUUGAUUGGUCAGCCUGUGCUAACGGUCUUCCCCAAACCAAGGUGUACUGUACUCAUCCAGCUCACUGUUUCCAGGAAUGGGCAGUGGCCUUGGAUGUGUUGAACUUUGCCACGACCCCUCCACCCUGCUGGAGAUGGGUCAGAGAGCUUUUUCUUCCAAUCAGGAUGACGCACCAAAGCUUGCUGUGUGGCGUAACUAUGAUGAAGGCGUCCUAAAGACUGUUUAACGUGAGCGAGUCUUGAAGUGCUGUAAAUAUGAACCCAAAGCCGGAUCUUUGUACCCGGAACCUGAAUAUUAUGGAAGAAUCUAUUUUGGUCAUGUGACUUGUGCAGACGAUGUUGACUGUUACGUGUUGAGACUUUUCACAUUUCUAUUUAGAUGAUCACGUUGGACGUGUUGUUUGCCUUGAAUGUAACAUUAUUAAAGGAGUUUAUUAAUCA